ACGUCAUGCUACAAAUGGGUGCUUGUUCAUCCCGGAAGGGUUUCAAUUUGCAGAGCGAAACACAUAACACAAAUCUGGACGCUGAUUUUCUCCAUAUCUUCAUGAAUCUGGACGAUAACUGAGGAGAUCGAUAAAUCUUUCUUCUCGGAGCGAAAAGGGUAUUUUGACAAAGGAACAAUUACUUCAACAUGUACGAUCCAGAGGCAAACAAAUAUGGCGCGGCCGACUAUAACCAGUUCGAUAACACAAUGGCCUUCAGCGACUCUUCCAUUCGCGCUGGCUUCAUUCGAAAGGUCUAUGCUAUUCUACUUGGCCAACUUGUAAUAACAAUUGCAUUCAUCAGUUUCUUUCUGUAUUGUGAACCUGUUCAGGAAUAUGCAAAAAAUCAUGUAGGAUUAUUCUAUGGAGCUUUGGCUGUCACAUUGGUCACAAUGAUUGCUAUGGCCUGCUGUGAGAAUUUUAGGCGGCAAUUUCCAACUAACAUGAUCUUUCUCAUAAUUUUUACAGUCUGUGAAGGAUAUUUACUUGGUGCUGUAUCAAGUGUUUAUGAGAAAGAUGAGGUGCUCAUGGCUGUUGGAAUAACUGCAGUUGUUGUUCUGGCGAUUACCAUUUUUGCAUUCCAGACUAAGUAUGACUUCACUAUGAUGGGUGGAUUUCUGUUCGUGGCUUUGAUUAUUCUCUUCUGCUUUGGCUUUUUGAUGAUCUUUUUCCACAACAGGGUUCUUUCAGUUGUUUAUGCUUCCCUCGGAGCCCUCUUAUUUGCCAUGUACCUUGUGUAUGAUACACAGAUCAUGAUGGGAGGAGGCAAAAUGUACUCCAUCUCACCAGAAGAGUACAUCUUUGCUGCACUGAACUUGUACCUGGAUAUCGUCAACUUGUUCUUGUACAUCCUCCAAAUUAUCUCAGCGGCAAGAGGAGAUUAAAGAGCCAGCUACAGUGGGUACACAGUUGGAAUCUGCCUUAACAGGAUCCAAAUCAAAAUUCUCAAAUCGGUUUUAGUACAUUUACAACUGUUUGUUGUGACAAUUUGGUUCUUGGUCAUUUUUAUCCGCCCUAAGAUUAAGGUUUGUUUUAGUUGGGAGUCGUACGGUUUGAGAGAAGAACGUUUACUGCCUCUUUUUGUAAGCUCUGGUGUUUCUGUUGGAACCCAAUGUUGUUUUGUGUGUAAACCUCGUUCGAGAUUAUCAGAAUCAUGUUUUUAGCCAAAACGCAGCAACUUCAGGAAUUGUUUAAGUUUAAAGUGCGGGUUCUGGCCAAGAUUAACUGGAGAACUUCGAAAAUACCAAGGUGAAUAAUGGAGAAAUGGAUAGUAUAAGAUUUUCUGAAAAUGUAGUUUGCUCGUCAGGAGAAAUUACUCAAAUAUUUAUGAAUUUUGGCUCUCUUAUUAUGUUUCAGUGUAAAAAUGUUUAGUAUUUGCAAGUUUCUGUGUAAAUUAUAAGAGCAUUAUUGGUAGAGAUAGUUGUGUUCUAAUAAGUUAACAAUGUUUUGCCCAUGGAGCUAGGCAAGUGUUGUGUCAGAGAUAAAAAGUUUGAAAUUAAAUAUUUUAAGGAAAGUCCUCUACCUCUGAUCUUUAAAUUAUUUUAGGCUUGCUUGCAUGGGUAGUCGAAUUAUUCAAUAACAAUGUAUAGUCUGGGGUCGAAAGGUAUCUGGGAUUGCUGUGGUUUAGCUUUAAGUCCCCCCAGUGAUUGGUCAAGGAAACUCCAGCUAGCCUGUCAGCCAAUCAGAUGCCAAACGGAAA